GAUGUAUUUGUUUCAAUAUAUUUUCUAAUUAUUAAUUUUUUAGACUUUUUAAAAGCUCACAAUUAAAAUUAGGGUAUUGAUAUUAAAGGCCCUUGAGGUUGUACAUAAAAAUUAACAAGUUUUCUUUAUCAUCAAUAAUUUUAACUUUUCAAGAGAAUCUAAUCUAAAUAUUGAAAAAUAAUUAAUAUUUUAUAUAAUUAAUUUAACUUUCCAAGAAAAAAUAAAAUUAAAAUAUAAGAUUCUUUCUUAUAACCUUUUGUAUAUAUUAUUUUCCUUAAAAUUAUUAAACUUUAAGUUUGCAAUGGAAUAUGUGCAAAACGUGAAUGGAAAAAACAAAUAAAAUAGUAGGAGUACAAUAAAAAAAUUAUAAAAAUUUAAUAUUAAUAAUCUUUGAAUUGAAACGAAUCAUACAAGAUUUUAUUUAACUAUACGCAUAAUAAUUAAUUAUAAAUUAAAAGUAAUGAAUGAAUAGUGAAUAAUUUUUUAUAUUACAAGUAAUUUGAAUUCGAGAAAAUAGUUACUACUUAGUCAACCUAAUAAUCAUUAAUGCCUAUUAAUGAAAUCCAUAAAUGAUAAAACUAAUAUCCAAGCCGCAAACAAUGACAAUUGUUUGUCAAAAGGGAAAAUGUUACGUCAACGUUCUAAAUAGAGAGAGAAAUGAUCAUGUUUUGACUCAUGAAGAAUCAAUCAGUGGCAUUGUAUUACUUAAUUUUGAACUAUUUUUCAGUUCAUUUUAUUAAAUUUAACUUAUUUUUGUUUUUUAGUUAUGAUGUAUUCCCUCUAUUUUUGUUUUUCUUAUUUAUUUUUUAUUCAAUUUUAAAGUAAAUUUUAAAUUUCAAUAUCUUUAAAUACAUAUAAUAAAAAGUUAUAAAAUAUAUACUCUAUAAUAAAAAAAAAUUAAAAUGAAUCUAAUGAGAUCUCACAUGAUAUAUUUUAUAUUAUAAUUAUGUGUCAAAAAUAUUAAUCAAAAUUUUCUCCCCUUAAAAUGGAAUAUUCCAAAGGACAACAUUAAAAAACGAAAGAAAUACAUUUAUAUAUAUACAUAUGUAACUUAUUUUAUCGUCCUACUCACAUUUUUUUUAUACUUUUUUCAUAAAUAUAUAUAUAAAAAAAAAGUUAAAGUCAAAAUUUUCAUCCAAGUUUGCCUUUUGUACAAUCAUAAAUAGCACUAAUCCAUAUCCCAAUCCAAAUUCCACAUAAUCAACUACAAUUAUCCAAACCAAUUCAAACAUGAAUCAAAAGACAAACAUUCAUAUUCACAACCCAAUCCACAUCCUCAUAAUACUAUUACUAUCCAAUCCAUUCCACCCAAAAUUCGUAAAACCCUGUCACCCCAUCGACAAACAAGCUUUACUUGCCUACAAGCACGGCAUAACUAACGACGCAGUACCCGAUUCCGGCUACAAACUUCUCCACACUUGGCUCCCUAAAACUAACUGCUGCACCUGGGAAGGUAUCGGUUGCAAUCGCCGUAACGGACGAGUCAAUAAACUAUCGAUGCCCAAUUUCCCCGACUCCCCUUUCUUAUCAUCGUCAUCCACACCAUUAGUCGGAACAAUUUCACCAUUUUUAGGCAAUCUUACCUAUCUCGAAACCCUUAAUCUUGGCGGAAGUCUCAAUCUAACUGGCCCAAUUCCAUCUGAAAUUGGUAAACUCUCUAAUUUGAUCUUCCUUUCCCUUUCCUCGAAUCAAUUAAUUGGUUCGAUUCCCAAUUCAUUGGGUAAUCUUCAUAAUCUCGAUACACUUGAUUUAAGUGAAAAUAAACUUUCGGGCAAAAUUCCAAUUGGUAUAAGAAAAUUACAAAAACUUUCGACUUUGUUUUUGUCGUCGAACAAUUUUGAAGGGAGUAUACCGGAGUUUAUAGGUGAUCUUUCUCAGUUAUACUAUUUAUAUCUUGUUAAUAAUAAUCUUUCUGGUCCUAUUCCAUCAUCGAUUGGUAAGCUUUCCAGGCUGAAUACUCUGUUUUUAAGCAAUAAUCAGAUUUCAGGAUCUAUUCCUUCGUCUAUUGGUCGACUUGUUUCACUGGAAAAUUUCUGGGUUUCGCACAAUAAAUUGACUGGUGUUUUACCCGAUUCAAUAGGAAAUCUAACAAGAAUUCAGAAAAUAUUAUUAGAUAAUAAUAUGAUUAUGGGGAAAAUCCCAGGUAGUUUUGGUAAUCUUAAGAGUUUAUCAUCACUUGAUUUGUCGAAUAAUCUGUUUGUUGGUCCGAUUGAUGAAAGUAUAAUGGGUAAAAAUAAUCAGCUUAUUGAGACUUUGAUCUUGUCGAAUAAUCCAUUGGGAGGGUCUAUACCCAAAUCGAUUGGAAAUUUGCGUCAACUUGAAAGGCUUGAAAUGGAGAAUAAUGGGCUUUCUGGGGGUAUUCCUGAAGAAAUUGGGGAUGCAAAGAAAUUGACAACAAUUGUGUUAUCAAGUAAUAGUUUAAAUGGUGAAAUUCCUGCAAAGGUUUUUGAAUUGGAGAAUUUGAUUGUAUUUGAUGUUUCGAGGAAUAAUUUAGUUGGUAAGAUUCCUCAGCAUAAGAUGAUGAUUCCUGCUUCUUCAUUUUCUGGAAAUUCUGGACUUUGUGGGGAUCCCCUCCCUCCCUGUAAGUAGGGAUUUACACAGGUCUUGGACUCUUAAAAAAGGGUCUGGAUCUAGGUCAAAUCAAAUCCGUCUAAGAUCCAACAACUUUUUUUUAUGAAACCGUUUCACUGUGACAUGAAUCUAUACAAAAGAUUUAAUUAUGCAAAUAGUUUCUAUUAUUAAACUAUUUAAUCCAAGUAUAGGCACGUCUAUGGUGAGACCGUCUCACUGUGAAACAAGUCCAUACAAAAAGUCCUUUAUGCUAAAAAUUUUUAUUAUUGCUUUAUUUAACCCAAAUAUGUGGCACGUCUCAUGGAGACCGUCUCAUUCAAGAAUUUGUGACCAAUACAUGUUCAUCUCUACCUGUCAUUCGUCAAUUGAAUAUUGAACAUUAAUUUGCUUGUCAAAUUAACAACUCUCCAUAAUUCAUUGCCAGAAUAGGGUUUUGGGCAAGUACAAUGUGAUCAAUUGCAUAGAGUCCUCUAAAUGAAAGGACUUUAAAUAUAUUAGUCCAUGUUAAUUUAUACUAUCUUUGAUUUAGUUUAAUUACUUAUUUUUAGGCUUUAAAAUUAUGAAAAAAAUUAUAUAAAAUAUACAAAGUUUUAAAAUUAGUGUUUAUUUUUGCUGUCAUGUAUAAUACUCGUUAUUUUGGAGGCUAUUCAUUUAUUUAUAAUCAUAAUUAUAUACAAUCAAUUCUUGUAAGGAUUGUAUAUGUGCAAUGAGCCGGAUAUUGUGAGGACCGGGUUGGAUCUCAAUUUUUACCGAAAAACCAUCCUGAUUUAUUCAAAGAAUAAAAUCAAAACGCCCUGAUUUUCUAUCUGUUGAAUGUUGAUACUAGACUUCAAUAAGUGAGCCCAUCCUUGUCAAACAACUUUAUCACGAUUUAUGGACAUUACUAUUUGUCGUCAUUCUUUUCAUUUUAUCGUCACCACAUUCCUAAUGAAAUUACAAAUUUGCCUCUGAAUUUUAAAAAUUUACAAAUUUGCCAUUGGAGUUAAUAAU